AAAUCAUGGUACAUGCAUAGGCGGAUUAAUCUUUUUCGCACUAUUUAGAACUAGGUCACCAAGAUGGCGGGAAUACAUUUCAAAAUGGUUACACGAUGGAAUAAUGCAGUAGUUAUUAGAGAAAACAUAAAAUAUCUUUAGAUUGAAAAGAUCCGGAAGUCCACAUCAAAUAGAUUUGAUGAGUGAAGAUUUUACAUUCCUGACCUUCCGUCUAGUGAACCUGACUACUGCUACCCGGCUGUAAUACAUAAAUAAUACGAAUGAUGUAAUUGAGCUAAACAACUAAAAUGAAAGAAUGAUGAACAAUGAAAGACAUCACUUCUCUUGACAUUGUGGUGAAUUUAUUAAAGUGCCUCUUCACAUUCUACUGUAUCUACUACAUAGCUGGAAGUAUAUGUUUUGGUGCCUUCAGAUUGGAGAUUUUUGAUGGAAAAAUUCCAUUUGACUUUAAAUCAUGGAUAGAUUUUACAUUAUGUUGUACAAGCUACUCUUCCCAGCAGUUAGCUAAUCUCAUCUCCAUGUUUAGUGCCUAUUUCUUCUCAACCCUGUUCUAUGUGGUGUUCCUCCCCAGCAGGCUCUGGGACUAUGCCAUCACAGUUACUUUCUUCCAUAUCAUUGCAUCUUGCCUGGUAAUGCUGUCAUUCCCUUUGAGUUGGUCCUGGUGGCUGUGUUUGGGAACUUGUCUUCUGAUGAUGAUUGCCAUUGGACAGAUGGUGCUAUACUGUUGCCGUAGUGAUGAAUACAAAGACAGUUGAGGAAACAAACCUAUUGAUUGGGAAUAAUACCUUUACUGCAUACUUCAGACUAGGAUGGUUAUGGACUUGUCAGUUUAUAGACAAAUACAAUGUCCACUCCUCCCAGUUUCUCUAAAUUAAAAUUAUGAUUUCUACGAAUGAACUGAGUGACAUUUGCAAGAUUAAAAGUUUAGUGAUAGCCCCAGUUGGAUAGCCCUUUAUUCACAAAGAUAAAUAUGAACCUUUUUGAAAAUAUUGAAAUAUCCAGAGUGACUAGAAAUGCAAGCUCUAGAUUACAAAAAAAGUUCUUUAGGUGCAAUCUUUCUAAAUUCUUGCUAUCUACCUACAGUAUGUCUUAAUUCACAAUUCUCCCAUUCGCGAUUUGCUCUUCAAUCGAGGAGACACAGAAGUUUUCCCUUAUAUGGACAAACUAUUACAUGAGGUUUCACAUCGUUGAGGAAACUAUGUGUGAAGAGAGGGAAUAUUUUCUGAUAGAGAAGCUCAUGUGAUCGGUUGACUAGUCGCCAUAUUGGAAA